AUGGGACAGUUGUUUUGUGACGUCGACGACGACAACAUUGAAUAUGUCUACAACACGGCAGUUUUCAAGGAGAUGGCAUUUUGUUAUAAAGGUGCUGGAGGAGAUUUGUUGAGAAGAUGGUUGGUGAACAAAAUGUUUAUGGCAAAAAUCAAUGAUGCUCCAACUAGGCGUUCCGAGCAACUUGCAAGAGAUGCGGAGGUUAGGGUUUCAAAAAAAUUAAUCCAAUCAUAUAUUUUUUUUCAGAAUGCUGACAAUGCUCAAGAAGCAUCUCACCAGGAAAUUCCAACUGCAAGUGAUGAUCAGAAAGAUAGUUUUAUUGAUUUUAUGGAGGGACUUGCGAAACAAGAGGAUUCAGACAGAAAUCAAGGAGGAAAUUCUGUUAAUUAUUUGGAAGAACUUGCCAAGCUUGUUGAAAAACACGAGGUUAGUAAAAUACACAACAGUUAUUCUUCAAUCAUCAUCAAUUCAAACUUCAAUUUUUUCAGAAAGUCGCUGAAGAUUCCGCAAGCGUCGCUGUUUCUCCAAGCCGCAAACGUAAAGCAACAACAUGUGCUGAAUAUGAGAUCGAAGCCAAACGACGCAGAUGA